AUGAGAAGUUCAACAGGUAAUGCUAUUUGUUUAAGAGCAUGUAAACCAUUAGGUAUUAAUUCUUGUCCAUGUAAUCCAACUAAGAUUUCCAAAAGUAUAUGUGAAAAUUCUGUAAAAAGCUCUCAUAAAAAUGGUGCUAGAUUUGAUAAUUUUCCUGCUAAUUUUUCAGUUAUAUUCAUUGGUGAAGGUUCCUUUGAAUUGAAACUUGUUUUUGGAUAA